AUGGAGAAUUUACCUUUAGAAAUCACAGUAAAAAUACUUUCUGGCUUGCCUACGGACUCGCAAUUACAGUGCAGAGAAGUAUGCACCACUUGGCGAAGUUUCUUACCUAAGCCCAAGAAGGGAUUACUUUACAAGGUUUUACACCCCAAUGCAGCUAAAUUUGAAGCAGAAUUCUUCUUUUCGGAACAGAAUAAUAGUUAUGAACAAGGAAGCUGUCUCGGAACACUUACAAAGUUAGAUCACAGUUUAAUCAUGCCAACAUCACCCGCCUACAAAAGUUUCAUGGUUGGUUCUUGUAAGGGUUUAGUUUGUUAUGCAAGUUCAGUAACACGUGAAAGAAUAAUAUAUAUUAGCAAUCCUGUCACCGGAGAGGAAAUUCAAUUUCCGGCUAUUUGUGGCGGUAAUGCUUACUCAGAACGGGCAAUUGGAUUCGGUUACAGCCUUUUAAGCAACAAAUACAAGGUGUAUACCCUUGAGGGUGAUGCUGUGUGGAGAAGCAGACGUAGAACAUCUGAAAAACAAAGUUUGUCCAACUUGAGUGCAGCUUCACCAUCAGCUGGUGUUUUUGCAUGCGGAACUCUUUACUGGAUGGAUGAGAAGAGUAUAAAACCAAAGACUGUAGUUUUUGAUUUGGAAGAUGAGACGUUUGAUUUGAUCCCAUCAAUACAUAGAAUUGGGAGGGAAAUUGUGUGUUCUAGAAAUAGUUCCAAAUUGCUAGAUGAGACUUUGAAGAAACUCAUGGAUGAUUGUACGCCUUCGGCAUAUACCACCACUCGAGCAACUCCUUACGUGAAUAGCAUUGUUUCGUUGAAAGCGAUUAUGGAGGAAAGAUGCGGAAAGAACAGAAAAGUUCUCGAGGAAAUAGAAUAA